UUCAGAAAAACGAAACUUAACUCUGUCGCUGUCAGUAAAAUGAGCAGUAAAAUAGCAGAGGGCAGUAUCUAGGUGAGUCUGCUCAGAAUCAGGAAAUAUCUUCUGCUAAUUCUCACAGAGACUGAAAGGAACUACAGUACACUCUGAAAUAAAACUAUUUUGUCAAUUUGUGCAGGAAAAUGGCAGAGGUCAGUAUCUCAGUGGAUCAGGACCAGUUCAGCUGUACAAUUUGUCUGGAUCUACUGAAGGAUCCGGUGGCUAUUCACUGUGGACACAGUUUCUGUAUGGGCUGUAUUAAGGGCUGCUGGGAUCAGGAUGAUCAUACUGGUGUCUACAGCUGUCCCCAGUGCAGACAGAUCUUCACCCCAAGACCUGAUUUAAGAAAAAACACCAUGCUGGCUGAAGUGGUGGAGAAACUGAAGAAGACAGGACUCCAAGCUGCUCCUCCUGCUCACUGUUACGCUGGACCUGGAGAUGUGGCGUGUGAUGUCUGUACUGGGAGAAAGCACAAAGCUGUCAAGUCCUGUCUGGUGUGUCUGGCCUCUUACUGUGUAACUCACCUCCAGCCUCACUAUGAAUCUCCUGCCUUUAAGAAGCACAAACUGGUCGAAGCCACUGGAAACCUGCAGGAGAAGAUCUGCUCUCAUCAUGACAAACUGCUGGAGGUUUACUGUCGUACUGAUCAGCAGUGUAUCUGUUUUCUGUGUGUGAUGGAUCAACACAGAGGUCAUAAAAUAGUCUCCGCUACAGCAGAAAGGACUAAGAAACAGAUGCAGUUGGGAGUGACACAGUGUAAAUUCCAGCAGAGCAUCCAGGAGAGAGAGAAGGGGCUGCAGGAUCUGAGACAGGCUGUGCAGUCACUCAAGCACUCUGCACAGGCAGCAGUGAAGGACAGCGAGAGGAUCUUUACUGAGCUGAUCAGCUCCAUUGAGAAAAGGCACUCUGAGGAGAAUGAGCUGAUCAGAGAUCAGGAGAAGGCUGAAGUGAGUCGGGCUGAAGGACUCCUGGAGCGACUGGAGCAGGAAAUUGCUGAGCUGAGGAGGAGAGAUGCUGAGCUGGAGCAGCUUUCACACACAGAGGAUCACAUCCAGUUCCUCCAGAACUGUCAGUCUCUCUCUGUCCCUCCUGGACCUGGAGACUUACCCAGCAUCACUGGCAGUCCACACAUCUCUUUUGAGGCUGUGAGGAAAUCUGUCUCUGAACUGAAAGAGCGACUGGAGCACAUCAGCAACCUGAAACUGAUCAAAAUCUCCGAAUCAGUGAAAAAAGUCUAUAUUCUACAGCCCAGGACCAGAGAGGAUUUCUUACAGUAUUCCUGUCAGCUCACACUGGACCCCAACACAGUGAAUCAACACCUCCGUCUGUCUGAGGGGAACAGAGAGGUGACCCAUGGGAAUGAGAUCCAGUCAUAUCCUGAUCAUCCAGAGAGAUUUGACUACUGGUUCCAAGUGCUGUGCAGAGAGGGUCUGUCUGGACGCUGUUACUGGGAGGCUGAGUGGAGUGGGUAUGAGCUAGAAAUAGUAGUGUCAUAUAAAGAUAUCAGCAGGAAAGGGGAUGAUUAUGUCUGUAAUUCGGGAUGUAAUGAUAAGUCUUGGAGUUUGCGCUGCUCUCGCUCCAGUUACUCUUUCUGGCACAAUUAUAAGAGCACUAAAAUCCCUGUUCCCCCCUCCUCCAGAAUAGGAGUGUACCUGGAUCACUGGGCAGGAACUCUGUCCUUCUACAGCGUCUCUGACACAAUGACCCUCCUGCACAGAGUCCAGACCACAUUCACUCAGCCCCUCUAUCCUGGGUUUUGGGUUGAUGUUGGAUCUUCAGUAAAACUGUGUGAUCAAAAACUUAACUCAGUCUCUGUCAGUGUGAGCAGUAAAAUGGCUGAAGGUGGAGGUUUACUGGAUCAGGACCAGUUCAGCUGUGCAAUCUGUCUGGAUCUACUGAAGGAUCCGGUGACUACUGCCUGUGGACACAGUUUCUGUUUGGGCUGUAUUAAGGGCUGCUGGGAUCAGGAUGAUCAUACUGGUGUUUACAGCUGUCCCCAGUGCAGAGAGACUUUCACCCCAAGGCCUGUUUUAAGAAAAAGCACUAUGCUGGCUGAAGUGGUGGAGAAACUGGAGAAGACAGGACUCCAAGCUGCUCCUCCUGCUCACUGUUACGCUGGACCUGGAGAUGUGGCGUGUGAUGUCUGCACUGGGAGAAAGCGCAAAGCUGUCAAGUCCUGUCUGGUGUGUCUGGCCUCUUACUGUGAAACUCAUCUCCAGCCUCACUAUGAAUCUCCUCCUCUUAAGAAGCACAAACUGGUCAAAGCCACUGGAAACCUGCAGGAGAAGAUCUGCUCUCAUCAUGACAAACUGCUGGAGGUUUACUGUCGUACUGAUCAGCAGUGUAUCUGUUAUCUGUGUACGAUGGAUGAACACAGAGGCCAUGAUACAGUCUCAGCUGCAGCAGAAAAGACUGAGAAACAGAAGCAGUUGGGGGCGAUACAGAGUAAAUUCCAGCAGAGAAUUCAAGAGAGAGAGAAGGAGCUGCAGGACCUGAGACAGACUGUGCAGUCAAUCAAGCGCUCUGCGCAGGCAGCAAUGGAGGACAGUGAGAGGAUCUUUACUGAGCUGAUCCGCUCCAUUGAGAGAAGGCGCUCUGAGGUGAAAGAGCUGAUCAGAGAUCAGGAGAAGGCUGCAGUGAGUCGGACUGAAGGACUCCUGGAGCGACUGGAGCAGGAGAUUGCUGAGCUGAGGAGGAGAGACGCUGAGCUGGAGCAGCUUUCACACACAGAGGAUCACAUCCAUUUCCUCCAGAGCUGUCAGUCUCUCUGUGUCCCUCCUGGACCUGGAGACUUGCCCAGCAUCACUGUCAGUCCACACAUCUCUUUUGAGGCUGUGAGAAAAUCUGUUUCUGAACUAAAAGAGCAACUGGAGGACUUCUGCAAGGUGGAACUGGUCAAAAUUUCUGAAUCAGUGAAAGAAGUCCAUGCUGUAGAGCCCAGGACCAGAGAGGAUUUCUUACAGUAUUCCUGUCAGCUCACACUGGACCCCAACACAGCGCAUAAACGCCUCCGUCUGUCUGAGGGGAAUAGAGGGGUGACCCAUGUGAGAGAGAGCCAGUCAUAUCCUGCUCAUCCAGAGAGAUUUGAGCGCUCGCCCCAAGUGCUGUGCAGAGAGGGUCUGUCUGGACACUGUUACUGGGAGACUGAGUGGAGUGGGGAUAGGGUUUUUAUAGCGGUCUCAUAUAAAGAGAUCAGCAGGAAAGGGGGGGGUGAUGACUCUGCUCUGGGAUGGAAUAACAAGUCCUGGAGUUUGGACAGCUCUUCCGCUAGUUACGCUUUCUGGCACAAUGAUGAGCGCACUGAAAUCCCUGCUCCCCGCUCCUCCAGAAUAGGAGUGCACCUGGAUCACAGGGCAGGAACUCUGUCCUUCUACAGCAUCUCUGACACAAUGACCCUCCUGCACAGAGUCCAGACCACAUUCACUCAGCCCCUCUACCCUGGGUUUUGGGUUCAGGUUGGAUCUUGUGUUAAACUGUGUGAUCUGGGAUGGGAGAGAGGGAAGAUCAGUUGUAAUCAGAAUGAGAGAGAAAUACUGCAGUGAGGUAGAGACGAGAAAUAAAUAAAAUAUAAAUGAUUAAAUAUGAGGGUCUGUUGAGGGGCUCGAACAUUGGGAAAAUUAAUUUAACAGCAGGCGCAACAUUUUUUAAAAGUGUUUUUUUAGAGAAUUUUUUAUUUGAACAUCAGGUAAAAUAAGAAAAAUAAAAACAUAACUGGAAGAGACUUCAACGUCAUUCCUCCAAACUCGUCCUGACAUAAUCGACAGUCCCAGAUAUUCCACUGGACUGCAGGAGGAUGUGACACCAAGUGGACAGGUCCACAAACACUACUGCCCAUUCCAAAGAAAAAAAUCUGAAAAUCUGGGUUCAAAAACUGAAGAGAGGUAAAGCUGGAAUAAGACGGUAAAUAUGUGGGUUUAGAAAAUAGGAUCCUCUGCUUUCAUUUCUGCUUCUUCCACACGGGAAUUUUAUAAAUGCUUUGUAAUGAUCACACUGUUUGUAGAAAGUCCUUCUGUAGUUUAUGUUCAGGUGUCCUUCGUACCAAUGUGACGCUGGCCUGCCUUAAAAUAGGACGGGUUAUUGUCAUGUCUUUAAGAAGCUGAUUUCAGUACAGAGUAGAAGUGCUAUGAUUCAAGUAAGUUAUAAAUGUAUCAUGUAUGUUUUGUUGGGCGUUGUUCUGUAAGACUUUUCGACCUUCAAUAAAAACUCCUUUACAAACCCU